CCACACCCUUGUUGUUUUCGAUGACUGGUGAUUUUGUGGAACUCGGAAAAGCGUAAAAACUUCUGGAAAAUCGUGUUUUAAUUACGUGUUUCUACAAAGUUCUGACUCGUUGAACAACCUCAAGAACAAGAAGCGAUCAUAAUGUCCAGCGGUGGAGGAAACAGCGAUCAGCUGAAACAGUUUUCACAGAUUACCGGCGCAUCCGAGGAGCGGGCCAAAUUUUACUUGGAUGCCGCUAACGGGGAGUUGCAGGCAGCGUUGUCGAACUUUUAUGAGGGCGAAAUCGAAGAGGCCGACAUAUCGGACGAGGAGAAUCCGCCAGCCGACGCGGGAUCGAUUCAGUUUUCGCGAGCAGAACCGAAGGCAAAGACAAAGAAGCUACCAAAAUCACAAUCAAACAUUGCCACACUGCGGACGUUGAAUUCUUCUUCGUCGGAGGAUGAGGAAGAGCAGGGGCAGGCGUUCUAUGCCGGUGGAUCGGAACGUUCGGGACAGCAGGUGCUGGGACCACCGCGUAAAAAUCCGAUCAAGGAUUACGUGUCGGAAAUAUUCCGCUCCGCACAGCAGGGCCACCUAGAGACGAUGGACAUGUCGGAGGAAAGUGGCGGUUCCAGCUCAUCGCUGUACGCCGGUACGGGCUAUCGGCUCGGCCAGACGGAAGACGAUCACCAGGAGAUUCCGUCGCGUAGCUCCCGUGCCUCACGGUCCGAGCAUCAGCAUGAGAUAGUAACGCUCACGCUCUGGCGCCAGGGUUUCGUCAUCAACGACGGCGAGUUGCGUCGCUACGAAGAUCCGGCUAAUAAGGAAUUUUUCGAAUCCAUCACUCGGGGCGAGAUUCCGGAAGAGCUGCGCUCCAAGGGUCCCACGAUGAUACGCGUUGAUUUGAAGGAUAAUCGACAUGAGGAGUACGUUAAGCGCAGCGCACCCUUUAAGGCUUUCGGUGGUUCUGGCCAAACGUUGGGAAGUCCCGUCCCACCGAUGACCUCAGGCAGCACUGCAAGUACCAGCAGCAGUGGCAGUAGCAGCAGCACUGCCGCUGGUGGCAAUAAUGCGGAAAACGAAAAACGUGCGACCGACCAACUGGCGGUGGAUAGCAGCCAGCCCACGACGGGGCUGCAGAUUCGAUUGGCUGAUGGAAGCCGCCUCUCGGCUCGGUUCAACCAGACGCACACAAUCAACGAUGUACGCACGUUCAUUACCACCGCUCGGCCCCAGUACGCGGCACAAGGCUUUACGCUGCUGACCACGUUCCCGAGUAAGGAACUGACCGAUGACGCUCAAACAAUAAAGGAUGCCGGCCUACUGAAUGCUGCCAUCAUGCAGCGACUGAAAUAGGAUGGACAGGGCAGACGGUGUGGUGAUCGCGAUGUGUGAUGUUAGUUUUCACGAUUCGUUUUCGGUCAUCAUUAAAAUUGGGAAGCUUAGAUUGUGAUCCCCAAUGAUGGUGGCGAGCCCCACUUUUCCUCGACAUUACGCGAAGGGGCCGUGGAGAGAUGCGAGAGCGCCGGGUGCCGGUUUUGUGGCUUCAUGAAAUACAUGCAAUGAUCAUAAUCGAAAUAAGCAAGAUAUAGAGCUACUAUCGUCGAUUAAGCAUAUCCUGUAACUGUUCAAAAACUCUCAUCCUUUGAUUUCGGUACAUUUCUGUUGAUUUUAAUGUUUAAUU